UUUUAAGAUGAUCUUGGGGAAAUAAAACGAGAAAUUGUUCCCGAUAAAAACCUCAAAACCCUUUUCAUAAAACCCCUCGUCUCUCACACGCAGCUCUCGCCGCUCACUCCCGUCGCUCAGGCAGCUCUCGUAGGGCAUUUGGGGUAGUUGCUGAUUACAGAAGGCCCUCACUUGCACACAGCUACGUGAUUUAGCUCAGCUCGGAGAAACGGAAGAGAGAUGUUGUAUAUAAUAGGUCUGGGUCUGGGAGACGAGAGAGAUAUCACCCUUAGAGGUCUGGAGGCUGUGAGAAAAUGUGAUAAAGUGUACAUGGAAGCCUACACUUCUCUCCUGUCGUUUGGUCUCUCUUCUGAUGGCCUUUCGACUUUGGAAGAGUUAUAUGGGAGGCCCAUCAUACUUGCAGACAGAGAAAAGGUUGAAGAACAGGCUGAUGAUAUGUUGGCGGAGUCUGGGGGUUCUAAUGUGGCCUUCCUGGUUGUCGGGGAUCCUUUUGGAGCUACAACACAUUCUGAUCUGGUUGUCCGAGCCAAGAAGUUGGGUGUGGAAGUCAAGGUCAUACACAAUGCAUCAGUAAUGAAUGCUAUUGGAGUUUGUGGUUUGCAACUCUACCGAUAUGGAGAAACUGUCUCCAUACCAUUCUUCACUGAGACGUGGAGGCCUGACAGUUUCUAUGAGAAGAUUCAGAGAAACCGUGUACUUGGAUUACAUACACUUUGCUUGUUAGGUACUUACUUAUAUUACUUUUCAGCCUCUAGUUAUUACUGUCUUAGGGUUUUGCUCAUUUAAGGUGCUGGCUCUGUAGAGAGUUUGUUUCUUGAGGGUAUAAGAAAGCAACAGAUUAGUGCUCCUAGGCAUUAUCACCCAAUGUGAUUUUGUAGAAGAUUUCUGUUUGUAAAGUUUGUAAUUGUACUUGCCUUCCGUCUGUACAUCUAUAAUUAGUUCUUCUGGUCUUUAACAAUAUUAAUUGGGUGUUAUAACCAUUCAUGCUAGUGCCAAGGGAAAAAACUUAUUUCGGCCAAAAGGUAACCAGUGAGAUUCAGUGUAAGACCAGCUUGUGACAGGAUCCCAGAAAAUAUAAAAAAAGGCAACCAGAUUAGGAAAAAUUUUUAAAUAACUCAAAAAGGACUUGGUUAUGCUCAAAUUCUGGUUGAACGCUGUUCUUGAUUGGGUAGGUUAUUCUGUCUAGUUUGGUCUGAAUAAGAUGGACAGAUCCACAGAUAUUGGGGAAUCCUACUGGGAGAGUAGGAUAGUUCAAGUUCCACGGAAUUGCAUGACAGAUUAGAGUUCUUAUCCCCAUCCAAAAAACAUAAAAAAAGGGUUUAGAGUUCUUAUCAAAACUUCAGUUAAGAGUUAGAAAAAUUGAAUAAACAGUAAAAGAAAACAGGAAACAGAAUAGUAAACCAGAUUAAAAAAAUUUAGAUUUUUGGGAAUCAGACUUGAAGUAGGAUUGCUGAAAUCAAUGGCAGAAACUUUAUGACACAGAAUAGAAUUAACAGUAACUAAUAAGUAGAACAAUAUUCUGAACUCAGAUUAGAAAACAUAGUUUUUGAAAAAAUUGACUUCAAGUAGGAAAGGUGAAAUUCCAUUAGAAGAAGAUUUGAAAACAGAACUUGGGACUAGAAUUCAGAAACUGAAAACUGAAUAAGAACAGGACUGAAACCUAACAAACGGAACAAUAUUUAUAUAAGCAAACACAAUUGAAAAGAAUGGCAGAACUUAGUAUGUUGAAGAUAGAAAUGUUGUUCAGAAACUUACUUGAUUUGAUAGAAGAAAGGACAAAGAAGAAAAAGAAGAUAUAAUCAGGAAUCCCACCAAGGUUCAGUACCACCCUCUUGAAUCCACAAGAGUUAAAACACCUGAAUCCCACUGAUCCAACCCUGAAUCAACAGGCUAAAGCAAAGCAAAAGCCUUUCAUUAAUUCAUCAAAUAUGCGGGUAGGGUAGAACCCUUACAUAUGUUUAAAUGAAAAACUCUAAACUCAAACUAAGCUGCCAAUUGCUUGCUUUGAAGGUGGACAUAGUUGACUAGGAUUCUAUAAAAUAAUAAGAAAUGGGGCUGAAACUAGACUGGAUUUAUAGUAACCUAAUCCAGCCCCACUGUUACAAUAUAAUAGUAAAAAUAGAACUCUAAACAAACCCCACAAUUUCACUAUCAUAUAAAUUCUGUAUUCUUAAUCCUGCCCAUAUUUUAGGCCCAUUAAACUGACCAAUUACAGUGAAAACCCAUUGGACCAAAUACCCAAUGCACAUGUAACACAAACCAAGGCUUAUUUCCACUAAAAUAUGCCCACUUAUGUGUUUUAUCUGCAUCAAAAAGACACUUGGUAAAACUCCAUUUGAAAGACCCAUGCUAAUGUAAGGCUGGUAGGAACUACCCAACCCCAGUCAGGAUCCCACAACUUCAAGUCUGAAAUCAGAUUUAGAACCAAAGUUCAAAUCUGGCUGAAUAGGAGGAAGCUUGCAGCUGGUUGUAGGGAGCUCUGAUGGAGCUCAAAUUUUGAUCGAAUGCUUCUCUCGUGGAGCUAAACAAACCCUCCAAAAGGUUUUACAAACUGAUCUCAGGUUUGGGAGAUCUGAGAAGAGGUUCCCAAUUAGGUAACUAAAGUUGGCCUUCAAGAACAGCAGCUAGAGGACUCCAAUGGCCACCAAAUUUUGAUCAAUUGGCCUCCUUAUGUUACUCAAUUAGUCCUUCAAAGGACUGUUGGUUUUGUCCGCAGAUGAGGGAGAUCUGCUGGUUCUUAAUCUGGGGGCCAGAUUAGGAAACUUUGAGACAAAAAAUUGCUGAAGCUGCUACAGGCCUCGGAAGACAGCAAGCGGCUGGUUAAGUGCCUCUCUUGUGGCCAGGAACAAGACCUGAAAAGGUUUGGUCAAGGUGCUUACAGAUCAGGC